CAGAGGAACAAGGGCGCCUCGUCGGCUGUCCCGCCUCGUAUUUUGCUCAGCCGAUCGCAUUAGCCCAGCAUCGACAGACCGAGCCGGUAGCCGACGUAGGGCGAUCGAGGGUGUGGGUGGUGGUGGCUCUGAAAACAGCCUUGGAGGAAGCAGCGUGGUUUUCGUCGAAAGGACGCCUCCCGGAAAUGGCUCAAGCGUGUAAGCGAGCGAACACGCUGAGGGCAGCCUUCGAAGUGAGGCAGUUUAUGUGUCGCCUCAUUCAUCGGCGAACCACGGAUUACAAAAACGUCUUCGGCGGUUGUCAAAGGAGAUCACUCGCCGGCCUCAGCUACCACCACACACCGGGCAAGCAGCCCUUGCUUCCCCUCACGAUCGGCGAUUUAGUGGACAGGGCGGCUGAUCAGCACGGAGACAGCGUCGCCAUCGUGUCGUGUCACCAGUCCAUCAGAAAGACCUACUCGGAGUACAAGAAAGACAUUGACCAACUCGCCGCUGCCCUCGUAUCCCUCAAGCUCCGCGUCGGCUCCAAGAUCGCCAUAAUUGCGCCCAACAUGUACGAGUGGGCAGUCGUGCAAUUCGCCACUGCUAAGGCCGGUUUGGUACUCGUGAACAUCAACACGGCCUACCAAGUUCCUGAACUUGAAUACGCCCUGCAUAAGACAGGUUGCGAGGCCGUCAUUUUUUCCGCACAAUUCGCAAGGCAAGAUUACUACAAGAUGCUGCUACAAAUAACCCCAGAGCUGGAAUCUUCGAUGCCUGGAAAUCUGAAAAGUGCAAAGUUGCCCAAGCUUAAAUAUGUCAUCUCUAUUAGCGACGAAACAAAACCGGGUGCGGUGGCGUACGCUGAUCUCACGGAGUCAGUUACAAACCAGCAACUGAAGGACAUGCACGCAGUCGCAUCUAGACUACAGUUCGACGAUCCCAUUAAUCUUCAGUUCACAUCUGGCACGACGGGUAAGCCCAAGGCAGCGCAGUUGUCUCACUUCAAUGUUGUCAACAACGGCUACUUGGUGGGCAAGAUAUUGGAGCUCGACAAGCAGGUUAUCUGCUUGAACGUGCCACUCAUUCAUUGUUUCGGAUGCGUCGGCGGAACUAUUGCAGCGGCGCACUGCGGGGCCACCAUCGCGUUUCCAGCUCCUGGAUUCAAGGCGGAAGCAUCGCUGAACUGCAUACAAAACGAGAAGUGCUCUCACAUCUACGGAACGCCCACCAUGUUCAUAGACAUUUUACAUCACUUGAAAAAUGGCCAGUAUGACGUCUCGUCCAUGAAGAGAGCUGUCAUGGCCGGAUCACCAUGCCCACCAGAGGUUGUCAAGAGGGUGAUGACAGAACUCAACGCUCAGCGAUUCUUCAUUCUGUACGGCACGACCGAGACGAGUCCUGUGAUAACGGCAACGACACCAGAUGAUCCACUGGACAAAUGGAUUCAUUCCGUAGGCAAACCUGUGCAACAUACUGAGGUGAAAAUAGUCGACAAGGAAAACAAGAUAGUGCCUACGGGCCAGAGAGGUGAGCUGUGCACCCGAGGCUACUUGGUCUUCAUGGGCUACUUCGACGACGAAGAGAAUACCCGCAAAGCCAUUUGCAACGGCUGGUACCACACUGGGGACGAGGCUGUGAUGGCUGAAGAUGGCAGAAUAUCUAUAAAGGGUCGCAUAAAGGACAUGAUAAUCCGUGGAGGCGAGAACAUCUACCCCCAGGAGAUCGAAGACUUCCUCUAUACGCAUCCGGCCAUUGAAGAAGUUCAGGUCGUUGGAGUUCCUGAUGAAAGAAUGGGCGAGGAAGCUUGUGCUUGGAUCAUAUUGAAACCAGGGUGCAGCGCGACCGAAGAAGAUAUCAAAAAUUUUUGUAAAGGAAAGCUGAGUCACUUCAAGAUUCCAAGGUACAUCUUUUUCGUCGAUACGUUCCCGAAGACGCUGUCUGGGAAAGUCCAAAAGUUCGCCAUACGAGAAAGAAGCUGCCAGAUGCUCAAGUUAUGAUUCACUUCGGCUCGUUCUCAUAAAUUUACUUUUUCCUAUUGUACAGAUCUUUUAUUAGGAUUUGGCAUGUUUAUAUUUCGACAUGGUGAUUUUCGGAGUGAUCUUGGUUUUAUAACGCAUGACUGCAAUAAAAAUAAAAAUGUAAAUGCUCGCAUUACUG